CUGUUCCUUCUCUUCUUCUAGAACAGUAUAUUGCUCCUUUGUUUUCUUCCUGGGUUUAGCUGUCGCUCUUGCGUGCUAGCUUGUGGUUCCAUCAGACAUCAUGGGGAACCGGCAGAGUCCCCCCAUUCUUGGGGUGGUGCGUCAAAUGAGGAACGGCAGAGCCCCAUUCGGCGCGAGCGCACGAAUUGAAUCCAUCCCCGCACUUUCCCAGCAUCUGGCCAUUAGCUGAUGCAGAACUGUGAAAGCGGGGCGUGGUCACUAAGAGCGCCUCACGAAGCCUCAGGACGACGGACAGAUGAAAUCCAAGAGAAAGCAUAUAAGGGAGGGGUUCUUCCACUUCCUCUUGUCUCCUCAUCAAAGCCUCUCCUCUCUGCCCAUCUAAUUCCCCCACCUCUCCCCAGACCACCUCUCCUUUACUCAACAUGAAGUUCGCUGUCUCGUCCGCCGUCCUCCUGGCCGUCGCCGUCGCCCUUGUCCGUGGCGACAUCGCCACCGUCAAGUCCGAUGUUUCCGCCAUCGAUGCAGCUGUCACCGACCUGAACAACCAGCUCAAGUCGGACGACAUCAACUACUUCUCUGCUCUCGGCAUCCACUCGUCGGCCAUGAACCUCGACGGCAAGAUCCAGACGGCCACGACGGACACCAACGCAGUCACCGACGCCAUCUCGGACGCUGACGCCCAGAGCAUCAUCGACACCCUGACGGGCACCGAGAAGAACGUCAAGAGCGCCACCGACCGCCUCGUCGUGCUCAAGCCCAAGUUCGACUCCCUCGGCGUCACUGGCCUCGCCAAGGGCGACGUCGACAGCCUCGCCACCGACACCCACGCUUUCGGCCAGGCCCUCGUCAGCAAGGCUCCCGCUGACAAGAAGGACGCCGCCACUGCUCUGGCCGCUCAGUUCGACGCUGACCUCGCCAACGCCAAGAAGACUUACGACUAAACGUUUGCCUUACGCCGGAAAGUCUCCAUGUCAUAGCAAUAAUAGUAAUGCCCAAAACAGCAGAAAUGAUGAAGCCUUUGUCACUCAAG